GACCAAUCAGUGAAGGUAUGUAAAUGAGGCUGGCGUGCGUACUCCACUGUUUGCAGAUACCAGCGUCAGUUUAGUUUAUCACUGCACUCAGCACCAGCAGCGUAUUCCAGGCCCUGGGUUGCACAGGUUUACAUGCUAACGGAGAACAGAGCGCGACACAUACUAAGGAUAUCCGUCUCUAAUGUGCAAUAUGACUUUUGAAGAACCGUGUGGAGACAACGCAACGGAAAGAAUGGACUCGGUUGAAAAGGCACUGGAAGAGGUCCUGACUGCUGCAUUACCUCAGGGUUGCAUCACUGUGGGAGUUUAUGAGGCUGCGAAAUCACUUAAUGCGGACCCAGACAAUGUGGUUUUGUGUCUGCUGGCCACAGACGAGGAGGAUGUGAAAGACGUCGCACUCCAGAUUCAUUUUACCUUGAUUCAAGCAUUCUGCUGUGAGAAUGACAUCGAUAUCUUACGAGUGAACAACAUGAGACGUCUGGCAGAGAUCCUGGAGGGUGUGAAACCGGGAGGAGAGUCGAUGGACCUCCACUGCGUAUUAGUCACAGUAUGUGUCAUUUCAUUCUCCUAGUAUUAGUUUAUUGCU